AUGAAUGGCGACCUGAAGGCCAUUAGUGCUGAUUGCAGUGUAUUUGGAGGCAGAACCAACACGAUUUGGAUCUCAGAUGGACCAGUUGACGAUGAUCAUCUCCAAAGUGUUCCUGUUCCAGCUCACGUAAAUUCAGUCUGUUCCACCCCCCAAAAAGUUGUUUUCGUUGGACUACAAAAUGGAGAAGUCAGGGCAGUCGUAAAAGAGAACGAUGAAUUCAAGUCAUUCUUCAUCUACGCGCAUACUAAGAAUGUCUGUGCAAUGGACCAUAGAGAUGGAUACCUCUGUUCAGGUGGAUGGGAUAACAAUGCCAUUCUGUACAUUUCAAGCACAAAUGUUUAUAUAAGUCUAUUUAUGCAUCCUGAAUCAGUUUGGACUGUACGGAUUCUGGAGAAGAAGGAAGAAGAAGACCACCGUAAGAUACUGACAGGCUGUGCUGAUGGCGUGAUCAGGGUAUUCAGCUGGUUUGAGGAGAAGCAGGGUGCCACAUUCAAGUCACUGGAUUACCAUAACUAUCCAGUACGAUCCAUUCUGGCUGAAUAUGACCCAGAUAUUGGAUCUGAUUGCAUCUACUCAUUGGAUAAUGACGGAAACGUGUUCAAAUUCAAAAUGAAUGGGCUACUGCUGAAUAUUCGUUCUCUCCAGGGACUGUGUUACACAAUGGUACACCACAAAGAUGCCCUAUUUAUUGGGGGUGAAAAUGGAAUUGUGUACGUUUUAAACAGAAAUCUACAGGUUAGGCAGAAGAUCCAAUUGGACUGUAAGAGUGUUUGGAGCAUCAGAGAGUGUGAUGGUAUUGUCUAUGCUGGUGGCAGUGAUGGAUGUGUCCAUUUGAUUGAGUCUUGCUUGACUGGAGAGGUGCCUGUGAUUGAGAAAUCAAAAAAGAAUGAUAAUGAGAUCAAUGGCGAUAAAAAGAGUAAAUCGGAGCCAAUUAAGGAUCAGGUAUUCACCACAGAUGGAAAGACGUACAAGGUGCAUUCUGGAUCAGUCUAUGAGCAGAGUAAGACAGGAGAGUGGAUUCUGAUAGGACAAGCAGAGGGAAAAUAUGAUCACUCUUUCAAUGUGGAAUUGGAUGGGAAGAAUUACACGUUGAGUUUCAAUAAGAAAGACAACAUUUAUGAGGUAGCACGUGAAUUUAUUGAGAAAAACAACUUACAAAUGUCACACUUGGAUGAGAUAGUGCGAUUUAUUGAAAGUAAUUUCAGGGAUUUGGCCUAUAAAACGUACACGAACAUCAAUAUUGAUGGAAUCAAGAAAAUUGUAGAGGAAUCAGGUGAAAGUGACUAUGUGAUCAGUGAGUUAUUGAGGAUGACCAUGGACAAGGAGUAUAAGACGGAACAUUGGCGUAGAUUUGAGACCAAUUUGGCUAAGAUUGAGCCACGUUUCAUAUUCUAUGAUAUUGUGAAGUACUUGAUAUCAAGGAAUGAGACAGUUGAUUUCAGUUUUGUGCUACGAGAUGAAAUUAAGGGAAGGAAGCAAGCAAAGGCAUUUGGGAUGAUGCUGGGGAAUUUGGUUAAGAACAGUCCAAUAAAAAUAGGCAAAAUUGAGGCGAGGGUAAAGAAGUGGAUUGAUGAGGGUGUGAUGACUAAGAGUGACGUAGAAUACUACGAACAUAACAGGAAUCUUAAGAGAAGGUCACAGAAUUAA